AUGACCAUAUCCUGGCACACCCAUAUUGCCCUUGCCAUCCUAUGCGGGGGAGUAGGAUGCCUAACAAUCCUCGCAACCCCAUGCCGGUCAAUGGAAUUUAUCUGGCACGCUGAGCCUGGCUACGACAGCUCCUUUGGCAUGCACGUCAUCGACCCCGCGGGGAACCCCACCGAGGAAGAAAGCUAUAUUAUUCGGAUUCCGCUGAGCGGGUCACGGCGGGAGAUAGGAGAUGAGGAGAUUCUGGCGAGGUUUUCAAAAGGGUUCUUUGCUGGCUGGGUGUUUGGACCGGAGAGGUGGAUUGCUCCCUUCGUGCAGGGGGUUAUUGAUCAUGAGGUAUUUAUGGGUGCGAGGGUAUCUACUGGUGAUUUGGGGGAUUCAUGUUCCCAUUCAGAUGUAUGUGCACAUGCGUAUUACAUCUCCCGUCCCAGCGGCAUGUCUCAAAGGCACCUCCCACCGCUCGGUGCAUGCUUAUUCGGGCUAUACUAUCUCGUCGACACAAGCGCCUACAGCGCUAAAGAUCGAGAAUUGACAUUCCCCUCUUCAGCUCGAACUCCUCGACCGGGGCGGAGUUUUGUGGAAUACGCAGGGCGCACUAAAGGCCGCAGCCUGGCGGCGUCACAUCGAUUCGAAUUACUUAGGGAGAGUCUGGCGGGAGAUGGUGAAGAUGAGGGAGUUACAAUUAUUUACUCCCAUGUCCGGAGUAAUCCCCGAACAGGUGGGCAGGUGUAUGGAUCGUUCAUGACGGCAAUGCAUGUUUGUUAUGCGCAUUUGUUGUUUGCUGAAGGGGUAAGGGAGGUUCUUGCGUCGCGGAGUUACAUGUGAAUGGAGACUGCUACUAGAAUAAGGGAGAUACAUUUAAACCAGUUAGCUACCUUGGGUGACCCUGUUAUAUACUAGCGAACGCAUAUUUGAAAAGUUAUGGCGGAGGAUUGUUGUGGCUGAUGUAUAAUACUGAAGGGAACUAUAUCUACAUCAAUGCAAGUUUUGGAAUCUAG